AUGGCAACCCUCGAUUCACCCAUUCUUGUGCAGCUUUCAUCCAAACGCCACGUCUAUGAGACUAUUGUCUAUGGGGCUUCUUACAACACACCUUCGACGACAUCCCAUGAUGAUGUACUUCACGGCCAAGAUCCCUUUGCCACCGCCAAAGCAUCAGAUUGCACUGCCACCUCGACCCCAGGAAGCCAGAACGAAAAUGCCCAUCAUCGCUGGAGACCACGCUAUCACCUCAUGCCGCCAACUGGCUGGCUGAACGACCCUUGUGCACCAGGCUAUGAUCCCGUCCAUGAUGCUUAUCACGUUGGGUUCCAGUGGAACCCCAAGAAACCAGAAUGGGGCGAUAUUUCCUGGGGAAGCGCACUUUCAAAGGACCUGGUUUCCUGGGAGGUCAGUGGCUGUCCAUCUAUCCAACCGUCAAAGAAGCAUGAUGGAGAAGCAGGGGUAUUCACAGGAUGUUGGAGUCCAGUGCCCUCAGCACCCGAUCGAAGCACUGCAUUCUAUACCUCAGCGCGGGCGCUUCCGAUACACCAUACAAUUCCCUACAACUGGGGUUCUGAAGCAAUCUGCAUUGCCACGUCAAACGACGCUGGACGUACAUGGCAGAGAGGGCAUGCACCAACCAUUCUGAAGGGCCCCCCUCGCCAUCUGCAAGUCACAGGCUGGCGUGAUCCAUACGUUGCCAAGUGGCCUUCACUCAGCCGGUUUCUAGGAGACAGGUCAGAUCAAGCGCUGUUUGGCAUUGUUUCUGGAGGUAUUCGCGGUAUUGGCCCUGCAAUAUUUCUCUACUCUCUUGAACAGUACGAUUUGGCGGCCUGGAACUUCCUCUCUGUGCUUACUAUAGCAACAACCUCUCAAAGGGAACAUCUUUCGCAAUGGGAGCCCGACUAUGGUGCAAACUGGGAAGUCGUCAACUUCCUUUCACUCCCUGACCCUGAUGAUCAAGCAAUAAGUCAUGAGGUACUAAUAAUUGGCGUUGAGGGGCGUAAGCAAUUCACUGUCAAGACUUCUGGACGGCAUCGCCAUUCAGAGUUCAGAAGGGAUCACGGCCAGAUGUGGGUUUCGGGAAGCUUGACGAAGACAUCAGCAGGGAUGCAAAUGCAAUUCCGUUCUGGCGGUGCUCUGGACUACGGAGCCAUCUAUGCUGUCAACUCCUUUCACGAUCCAAGAUCCAACCAGCCAGUUGCGUUUGGCUGGAUUGUUGAGGAAGAUCUCUCUGCAGAGCUGAAGGGGACACAAGGAUGGGCCGGACUGUUAUCGGUCCCGAGAGUCGUCCGGCUGAGCAGGAUAUGCCAUGUUGUCCAUGCAUUGAAGUCAGAUUUGACAUCUAUUAAGUCAUGUGACGUGGUUCCAGAAGGCAAGCCGCAGCAGAGGUUACUGUUCCCGACAAAGUCUCCUCAGACCUAUACGAUUACGACAUUGUGUGCUAUGCCAGACCCCAGACUCAAUAAGCUUCGUCAAAGUGAGCGGCUCCUGGGUCCCAUCACCGAUCACACCCUGCCUGAGGCUCUGGGAAGCUUGGAAUUCCCGCUCGGAUGCUCCUGCUGGGAGCUCGAUGUAUCGUUCGAUAUUGGCAAUGACGUACAGAGUAUUGGCUUCGCGAUAAGCCACACAAAAGAUUCAGAACUGCGUACCGUCGUCUCGUUUAGUCCUGACUCGGAGACGCUUAAAAUCACGCGAGCCAAAUCCACCAACAUGACAGACAUAUGCGUGGCGGAUGAAGAGGCACCACAUACCCUCUUUUCAACCUUGUCUCCCGGAACUGCUGCAGAAGCUGAGCCAUUCCCCUCACAGGAGCCCUUGCGACUCAACGUAUUCUUUGAUCCAUUUGUGGUAAAGAAGGGUGAACGCCCGUGGUCGGGUCAGUUGCUUGAAUGUACAGCUUGGGAGCUAAAGACUUCGUGUUAUGAGGUUUAG